AUGAGCUUCGAGGCUGUGCCUACACUCCAGCAACUUGCCAUGCAAGGGCUGCUGGCAGAUGAAGACUUGGCCAUCUCUGCUCUGGAGGAAUUUCCCACAAUGUUGUUCCCACCACUCUUCGAGGAGGCCUUCAUUGAGAGAAGAACAAAGGUUGUGAAGGCCAUGGUAGUAUCUUGGCCCUUCCCCUGCCUCCCUCUUGGGGCGCUGAUGUGCCAAGUCAAGGUGGAUAACUUCCAGGCUGUGCUGGAUGGAGUGGAUUGGCUGAAUAACCAGAAUGUUUGGCCUAGGAGGUGUAGACUACAAGUGCUCAGUUUGCUGGAUAUAUACGAUGACUUCUGGGAAGGAUGUGUUGGAAGAAAGUCUACUUGGUGGACUGAACAAGUAGAUCCCACAACAGAGGGAAAGCAGCAGCAAUUGAAGGUGGUAGCUGAAUACUCCCUCACGUUCCUCGAUCUCAACGACUACAAUAGUGACUUCAUGCUGUGGCUCGGACAGAGAAGAGAUACCAUGCGGAUCUGUUUAUUGCAGGGUGCUCCAGAAUUGAAAUAA